CCGACCGUGAUGUCGUUCGCCAAGCGACGACAGCCAGAUGGAAAUGAUACCGACGAGGAGAACGAUGCCCAAAUUGACCCAGAGCUGCGUCUGCGGACUGUGCGCACGGCUGCCUCUACCAUUGCUGAGUCUAUCCGCGCGGAGAGUCGGGCGCAGAAGAGAAAGUCGGUGAGGACGAAGAGGUCGCGGUUCUUCCGCAAGGGCAGCUCGGAGAAGAAGAGACCGACUACAGCGUCCUCGGAGGCGGGUGCCGCAUCUCAUGAGGUUCCUGGAGAGAGGAGGAAUGUGUACGUCAACCACCCGCUGUCUGCUAUGGAGGUCGAUCAGUAUGGGGAACCCGUCAAGACGUAUGUGCGGAAUAAAGUCCGGACAAGCAAAUAUACCAUCAUUACAUUCGUUCCUAAGAACCUCUACGAGCAGUUUCGAAGGGUUGCUAAUCUGUACUUUCUGGCAUUGGUCGUGGUUCAAGUCUUUCCGAUCUUCGGCGCUGCAAGUCCGCAAGUGUCCAUGCUACCGCUCGUUUUCAUCAUCACUGUGACAGCGAUAAAGGACGGCAUCGAGGACUACCGUCGUGCAUCCCUUGAUGAUGAAGUAAACAACUCUGCCGCUACCAAACUGGAAAACUGGCGGAACGUGAACCAGCCAACCGAUCCCCGAUCAUGGUUCGAGAAGCUGCUGGGACUGAAUCCUCCAGGUGCUGUGACGAAGGGUGUGCGCAAGCUGCGCGAUAGGGAAGCGAGCGCUGGGCGCAUUCUGCUCAGCAAGGCCGGCGACGGUGACGACCGUAAUAGCAUCGCCACUACCCGGGAUGGUGUGAACGAUAGCCGGGUAUCUCUCGGGCUGCGUGGCGCAGGCGGUCGGCGUCUGGAGGACAUCCAGAGCGUGGACUCGCAUAGCUAUCCUCCGGCUUCUUCUGCAGACCCAUCAAAGGCCACGCUCGUCAACACCUCGCAGCAGUUGGCAAAGGAGAUGGGUAUGCGGUCAGAUUCUAUAAGCUUGUACCAGCAGUCCCGAAGCUCCGGGGUGGUUGACUACAGCAAACGUCCCCUAGGCUCGUCGCGGUGGGAGCGGACGCUCUGGAAGAAGCUUGAAGUCGGCGACAUUGUCCUCCUGCGGGACAACGAGCAAGUGCCUGCCGACCUUGUCGUGUUGUCUACCUCUGACGCCGACGGCAUGUGCUAUCUCGAGACCAAGAAUCUCGACGGCGAGACCAACCUGAAACCCCGUAAAGCCGUCCAAGCCACGUCUUCUAUCACUUCCGAGGAAGAUAUCGAGCGGUCAUCCUUUAUCCUCGACUCAGAGCCUCCGCACCAGAACCUUUACCUAUAUCACGGUAUCUUAAAGUACAAGGAUCCUAGUAACGGUGAGCAGAAGCAGGAGUCUGUCACGAUUAAUGAGUUUCUCCUCCGUGGUUGCACACUUCGUAACACCACCUGGGUCAUCGGCUUGGUCGUCUUCACGGGCGCAGACACGAAGAUCAUGCUCAAUGGCGGUGAGACGCCAUCGAAGCGCUCGAAGAUCGAGAAAGAGACGAACUUCAAUGUCAUUAUGAACUUCGUCGUGCUCAUUGUGAUGUGUGCCGUCACAGCCGUCGUCAGCGGUUUAAUGGAUUCGCAGGCAGGGACAAGUGCGGAUGUCUUCGAGGUCGGAGCUGAUCCCACCAGCUCAUAUGUCCUGAACGCGCUGGUGACGUUUGUGUCUUGCCUGAUUGCAUUCCAAAACAUCGUGCCCAUCUCGCUGUACAUCUCAAUCGAGAUUGUCAAGACCAUCCAGGCGUUCUUCAUCUCUCAAGACAUAGACAUGUACUACAAGCCUUUCGAUACCGCCUGCGUACCGAAGACUUGGAAUAUCUCCGAUGACCUUGGGCAGAUCGAGUAUAUCUUCUCUGACAAGACAGGCACGCUCACGCAGAACGUCAUGGAGUUUCAGAAAUGCUCCAUCUAUGGCGUGGCGUACGGCGAGGGUGUCACAGAAGCGCAGCGCGGUGCAGCGAAGAGGCAGGGGGCCGAGGACAUUGAUCCGGAAGAACUUCAGCAGAAUCUGGUCGUGAUGAAGGACCGGAUGGUGGAGAUGCUGCAGCGGGCUUUCAAGAACCGGUACGGAAGGGUGGACAAGUUGACUCUCAUCUCUCCCCAUCUUGCGCAGGACAUGACGGAUAGAUCGGGCGAACAGAGACAGCGCAUCAUCGCAUUCUUCCGUGCUUUGGCAAUCUGUCACAGCGUCCUGGCUGAUCGUCCCGAGCCUAACUCGAACCCUUUCCUCACAGAGUACAAGGCUGAAUCUCCUGACGAAGCAGCACUUGUUGCUGCCGCUCGCGAUGUCGGCUUCCCCUUCGUUUCUAGAGCGAAGGAUUCCAUCGACAUUGAGGUUAUGGGUCAGGCUGAACGUCACAUCCCUCUCAAGACCAUUGAGUUUAAUAGUACAAGGAAGCGGAUGAGCGUUAUCGUUCGGAAUCCUGAAGGCAGAAUUGUCCUAUACUGCAAAGGGGCCGACAGCGUCAUCUACGAGCGGCUAGACAAAGAUCACGACCCUUGGCUGAAAGAGCAGACUCAAAAGGACAUGGAGGCUUUCGCAAACGGCGGUCUACGAACGCUGUGUAUAGCGUACCGGUACCUCACGGAAGAUGAAUAUCUGCAGUGGUCGCGCACGUAUGACGCUGCUUCUCAGGCUAUUAAGGAUCGUGAUGAGGAGAUGGACAAGGCCAGUGAGCUGAUCGAGCAUUCUUUAACAAUCCUGGGAGCGACUGCGCUGGAAGACAAACUACAAGAAGGGGUGCCGGAAGCGAUCGAAACACUUCAUCGUGCUGGCAUUAAGUUAUGGAUUCUUACAGGUGAUAAAGUUCAGACGGCCAUCGAGAUUGGAUUCAGUUGUAAUCUGCUCAAGAACGACAUGGAAAUCAUGAUUUUAUCUGCUGACUCUGCUGAUUCGGCUCGCUUGCAAAUUGAAGCGGGGCUGAACAAGAUCGCUUCCAUCCUUGGUCCUCCUUCUUGGAACCCUCAGAAGCGAGGUUUCAUCCAGGGAACGACCAAAGCCUCAUUUGCCGUUGUCAUAGAUGGUGAUACUUUACGUUUCGCCCUCGAUCCGGCUUUGAAGCCUCUGUUCCUGAAUCUGGGGACCCAAUGCGAAACGGUCGUAUGCUGCCGUGUAUCACCAGCUCAGAAGGCUCUGACUGUCAAGCUGGUCAAAGAGGGUCGAAAUGCCAUGACGCUUUCCAUCGGGGAUGGUGCAAAUGAUGUCGCCAUGAUUCAAGAAGCUAACAUUGGAUGUGGCCUGUUCGGGCUGGAAGGCUCACAGGCUGCCAUGUCUGCCGACUACGCCUUUGGGCAGUUCCGAUUCCUUACCAAGCUUCUUCUUGUUCAUGGAAGGUGGUCGUAUCAGAGGAUUGCUGAUAUGCAUAGCAAUUUCUUUUACAAGAACGUGAUUUGGACAUUCGCCAUGUUCUGGUACCUUCCUUGGAAUAGUUUCGACGCGACUUAUCUGUAUCAGUACACCUUUAUCAUCCUAUACAACCUUGCCUUCACGUCCCUGCCUGUCAUCGUUAUGGGAGCAUUCGACCAGGAUAUCAAUGCUAAGGCCGCUCUUGCGUUCCCCCAAUUAUACGUGAGAGGCAUACGAGGCUUGGAGUAUACCCGCACGAAGUUCUGGCUUUACAUGCUAGACGGACUUUAUCAAUCUGCGGUGGUGUAUUUCAUACCGUUUUGCGUGUGGUACUUUGGUUCUCCAGUGUCAUGGAACGGGAAGGGAAUCGACUCCCUGGCAGACUUUGGGACAACGGUCUCUGUAGCGGCUAUCUUCGCCGCUAAUACUUACGUGGGGAUCAACACGAACUACUGGACAGUGAUUACCUGGAUCGUGAACAUCGGGUCCUCUCUGGCCAUGAUGGCAUGGAUCAUCAUAUACUCCUUCUUCGACAGUCCUGAUUUCAACGACGAGGUGGUUGUGCUGUUCGGUAACAUCGUGUUCUGGGCGUCGGUAGUAGUGGCUGUGGUUGUUGCACUAGCCCCUCGGUUCCUGGUGAAGUUCAUAGCCACGACAUAUUGGCCGUUGGAUAAGGACAUUGUCCGCGAGAUGUGGGUGAAAGGGGACCUCAAGGAACGACUGGGUAUCAAGCACCAUCGCGACUUGAAGAAGAGCGAACUGGAAGCUACGCCCAUGUUCCUCAAGCCACACAGCCGCUCAGAGUCCGAGUUCUCCGCAAUCAACCAAGACUACGAGCCGGCUUUGACAAGAAGCCCCGGCGACCGAGGCAUCUCUGCACCGAGAACGGCUGGCUAUAUCGACACGCCCCCCUUGACAACUCAGGAUUCGCCAGCGCCACAGUAUGCGGACUUGGAGCAACAGAUGCAGUAUGAGGCUCCUCAACCUCGAUUUAGAGAUCAAGAGUACCUGCAGACGCCACCGUCUUCGGGUAGUUGGGGUCGAGGAUCACCCGCGUCAUGGCGAGCAUCCUAUUAUUCCGCCUCAGAUAUCCCUGCUCCCUCACCACUCCCUUCACCGAAGUAUGGAUAUCUUUCCAACACCACCAGCCCAUUGCCACAGUCCUCUUUCUCACCCACUUCUUUUGGAGCCUCCGGACGAUCAGGCCCGAGUACACCGUCACAUCAAACUUUGCAAGUGCCUAACUCUCCUGGUUACGGCACCCCGAGCGCUGAGUCGUUUGAGAUGCGGGUUAGAAGUCCCCCAGCAGAUGAUGGGCGACUCCAACCAUAUCCAGCAGGCCAUGAGGAUCCAUCACGGGGCCUCAGCGAAGCCUCAUACGCCACUGCCCCCGAGGAGUUCGCGGAUGAUGGGCACGACCGACGAGCCAGUGCGUAUUCGUACAGCGGUCCACGAGCAUUGUAAUUGUACUGUUAUGUCUCGCGGGGUGUUCUCGCGACUUGGGCUGGAUGGAAAUUCUGUCUUGUACUACCUUUAUCUUGCGGUGCUAUACCGGUUACUCAUUCACUUGCUUUCGUUUAUAUCACACCUUACGCUUACUCCCGCUUGGAAACCCUAUCCAGAUUAUCUGCAUUAUUAUUAUUGGUUUGGACUAGAGUCAUAUAGUUGCUAUUCGCGUUCAAAAGUCACAUAUGUAUACCCAGUCGCAAUAUACUCCUCGCAGGUUGCUCGCA